UUGAAUAAUCAGCUGAUCAUGGUGUUUUGGAUGGAAGUUGUUUUUGGCACGGAGGAGCUCUUUCUUUAUCAUCUUAAGGCAAUCUUAAACGUCAAAGACACCGGAAAAUAAAGCUGCAUGUAACAGUGCGGCGCCUCCAACAACCGAAACGGCCGAACGCGGAGAAAUCCGUGUUAUUAUGAACAGAUGGUGGUCAUAAGUGAUGAUCUGUUUGCUUGCUGUUGAAUCAUCGGAAAGAAAGAAAACAACGUCAGGCGAAGCUCGAACGAGUCACUGAUAGUCCGAUGUAUGUGUCUCGAGUCAUAUAGACCGGUCAUAAAAAGCUUAAAUGCAUGUAAUGUAACUGUUUGGACACGAAACGGCUUUCGUUCGCUGUAAUCAAUAGCAGCGUACGAGUUUAAUGUGAUUCAGGAGUAAGUCAAAGGUCAGAUCACAGUGUGUUUUUUUUUUUUACAACUGACGGCAGUUUUAUAAAUAACGUUACUUUAAUUCCGUUUAUGUGAAAUAUAAGAUAAUUAACGCCUUGAAUUAAUUCAUGCUUAAGAAAGUUGAUAAAAAAGUAGCAACCUGUAACCAAUUGUUCCUAAGUUACGUGACAUCAGCUCGUUGUGACUGACAUACAGUUUACUUGUCUAAUUUAUUUAAGCUUAAGUCAUUUUGACCUUUUUAUAUGUGUGUAUCUGUUAUUCGUUUUACAGUGUUAUUUAUAAGUAUGGUGACAGUGGAACGCGUUGAUAGCUCGAUUGCAUCACUUGUGUUUUGACAUAUCUGACGUCAGGGUGUCGUGUGUCACUCAAACUGUGUUUAAAGUGUGUGGGAGCUUUUUAAACUUACUACUUCGUUAAAUUUGGACUUGUUGAUUUAACGGUGGAUUAUUCAAGAUUUGUUGAGAAGGAAGAUUCAGAUCUGGCACAGUCAGAGAUCCUCGUUGAUAUCCCCAAUUUCUCCCCGCCAAUGCUGGAUCUGGAGGUCGUUCCUGAGCGAUCUUUGGGAAAUGAACAAUGGGAAUUCGCAUUAGGGAUGCCAUUGGCCCAGGCCAUUUCCAUAUUACAGAAACACUGCAGAAUCAUAAAAAAUGUCCAGGUGCUCUACAGCGAACAAAUGCCACUCAGCCAUGACCUCAUUCUCAACUUGACUCAGGAUGGAAUUAAACUGCUGUUUGACGCCUGCAAUCAGAGACUGAAAGUCAUUGAAGUGUACGAUUUGAGCAAAGUGAAACUGAAAUACUGUGGAGUACAUUUUAACUCUCAGGCAAUAGCACCUACUAUUGAGCAGAUUGAUCAGUCCUUUGGCGCUACUCAUCCAGGAGUCUACAAUGCUGCCGAGCAGCUCUUCCACCUGAACUUCCGAGGGCUUUCCUUCUCCUUUCAGCUGGACUCCUGGAGUGAAGCUCCUAAAUAUGAGCCUAACUUUGCCCAUGGCUUGGCCUCCCUGCAGAUUCCCCAUGGGGCCACUGUCAAACGGAUGUACAUUUACUCUGGAAACAACCUUCAAGAAACCAAGGCUCCGGUGAUGCCUCUGGCCUGUUUCCUUGGUAAUGUGUAUGCAGAGAGUGUGGAGGUGCUGAGGGAUGGGGCGGGACCCAUGGGUCUCAAACUUCGUCUCCUCACCGCAGGAUGUGGCCCGGGAGUGUUGGCUGAUACGAAAGUGCGGGCUGUUGAGAGAAACAUCUACUUUGGAGAUUCUUGUCAGGAUGUUUUGAGUGCUCUUGGCUCCCCACAUAAGGUCUUCUACAAGUCAGAGGACAAGAUGAAGAUCCAUUCACCCUCCCCUCACAAGCAAGUCCCGUCCAAAUGUAAUGACUACUUCUUUAAUUAUUAUAUUCUGGGAGUGGAUAUACUAUUUGACUCUUCAACCCACCUGGUCAAAAAAUUUGUCCUUCAUACCAACUUCCCUGGCCAUUACAAUUUUAACAUAUAUCAUCGGUGUGAUUUCAAGAUUCCUCUUGUCAUUAAAAAAGAUGGGGCAGACGCUCAGAGUGAGGACUGCAUUCUGACCACUUACAGCAAAUGGGAUCAGAUUCAGGAGCUGUUAGGACACCCCAUGGAAAAACCAGUUGUGCUACACAGGUCAUCCUCUGCAAACAACACCAACCCUUUUGGCUCCACAUUUUGUUUUGGACUGCAGAGAAUGAUAUUUGAGGUCAUGCAGAAUAACCACAUAGCUUCUGUGACUCUCUACGGAGCGCCUCGUCCAAGUAGCCUGGCCCGUGCCGAGCCCAGUGCCCACUGAGGAAUCCGCCAUGCCCACGGUGCCCGUCCAGCCCUGCAGAGCCUCUGAACUGACCAGUAGAGUGUGCCUUCACUCACUGCUGCCAUCACACAAGCUAAAGCAAGACAUGCUGGGAGUUUCUCUGGAGUUAAACUCUUCCCCCCCUCAAUUCGGUCUCCUCAAUAAUAGCAUGGAGCCUGCUAAUAAUCUCAGAUAACCAUGCAAACCUGGCUCUGCCCCCAAAGCUUUAACCCAGACAUGCAUCAACGUCAGCAUCGUUAUAGUACUUGUGGAUGCACAGUGAUUCAUUUCCACACAAGCAUUUCUUUUUUGUUUUUGCCCAACCUCAUAAAAAUUUCCACACCAGACGCACCAAAGGGCGAACAUUGAACCGAUUUCUCCUCUGCACGCUAAACACUUUAACGAAAAACACACGCGCGUUCAGGUUCAUUUGCUUUCCUACGCGCAGAGGAUGAGAACAAAGUCGAAUGAGGACAAACUUUUGCCGCGUAAAUUCAACGAGAGUGUUUUGUAUGCAUUUACGUAAGGUUACAAGCACAAGCUUGCACAGUGUGGAUCCAGUGCUGUGAAAAUGUUCUUGUGGCACACAUAACGAUUCAGAAACCCAUUUCAUACCAAGUCAGCAGCACAGAUUACCUCCCAUUUCAAUACCCUACACCCGCUUAUGUUGAUUCCGUUAUUGUCUUGUUGUUCAUGAGCUCAUUAGUUUUGAACAUUUGCACUAAAAUACACCUAAUUUACUUGAUAAUUGUCUCCUGUCCACUGAGGAACGUUUUAAUUGCGAGUCUCCGAGUGAAAGAACGGCGGGGGAGGGAACGACGAUGUGCAAUCUAGCUGCAACCCAGACCGGAGAGAAAAGCCAUCCACCCAUCGCUGUUUCUUUUUCCCACUGUUAAUUCCGCUUGCGUAUUUUUAUUUUGUUUCCCGAGUUGAAAGAUGUGAAUUUUCCCUUGUUCAGUAUCUUACAAGUCUUAACCGCAGAACUGUUCUGUCACCUGAUUGCCAAAUCAUUAGCCAAAGAAGAAACAGUUAGGUCUUUGACAUUUUUAAUACCCAUAGUGUAAGAACAUUCCCUUUUGAUUUGAUCUAUUAAGUCUCUGAAUUGUUUUUAGCAUAGCAACUCCCAUCGAUUUAUUAAUGCUGCUUUCUCUCUUCAGAUUUGUUGAUGUUGUUUCCAUAGCAAGUAGAUGUGAUGCUUUCUCAAGCACGGUGUGUCCAUGUCUGUACAGAUCUGUAAAUAGCGUGCAGAAUUUUCAUUGUUUUGUUGCCCCAAUGGUACCGUUUCAGAUCAGCUGAUGUUUGGAAGUCCCCAGACUGCUAACAUUUUGAGAGGGACAAUAUAGCGGCUUCCCUCGAGUGUUGUCCUAGAUGCCACUUUCGGAGAAGACUAGAGCAUUUUAACUUCAGUAGAUGGUCUGAUCACCUCUAACUACUGUUCAUUGCUUUGCUUCCACCAAUGGCUGACAAGCCCCACACCUCUGGUGUCAUUCCAACCUCCCUUCAGGCUCCUGCAGUGUGUGGUUCAGGCUAAUUCGGGCAUUCAGCUUUGUUACAUUAACUCCGCUGGAAGACCGUUAGUGGUGUUUUUAAUAUAUUUUACCCUUAACUUUUGGUCUUUUACAAGGAAGAUGCUUUUAACAUUGUGCCUCAUCUCCCACCGAGCCUGUCUUGACUUUUUUUUCUCUGUAAAUGAAAUUGUUUUGAACUGCUUUGUGUAUGUCUGAGCAUGUAAAGCUAAGUGAAUAGUCAUAGUCAUCCGAAAACGUACCUGAAUAUUAGAGGAAGAAAAAAAAAAAACGUCUCGUUGGGUAUUGAACUCUUUUCAUGAAGCGCUAGUUUACUGUGUUCAGUGUAUUUAAAUUGAUUAUUGCAGUCUGCGUACAAAAACAGAAAAUGGAGGUUGCCCUUCAUGAUCUGAAGUUCACAAAGUGGUUGUGGUGUUUCUGUCUCAAUACGAUUUGUACUUUUUGAAACGGAUGUGGAGUUCUAUUUUAAUAUGGUUAGAUCUUAAAAGCAAACUGUUUAGAUGCACAAUUAGAAUCUCCGUCGUCCAUAAGGAACAACACAACCGCUGUUUUAUUGUCAUUUAGGGAUUGUGGGAAUGCGGUCUGAUGGGCUGAUUGCCUGCCCGAACUCAGGUGGAUGUUUUUUUUUUUUAAUGCCAGGAGCAAGUGAAUGCUUUUCAUCUAAUGGGUUUUGGCUGUAACGUUUCUUCUUCAGACUUUAUCCUAUUUUUGCAUCGGAAUGAAUGAAUGAAUGAUCAUCCUGAGGAUUGUAAUUAGAAAUGGAUAAACUCCAUAGUGUAAUGCGCAUAUUAAUGCUAUGUAUUGUAUUCCUCUAUAUUGUAUGUUCUUCCCCAUCCUCCAAAAAGUGAUUAUUUUUUGUGGAUUUAGUACAUUUAACCCAUUUCUGGAAGUGGGAUUUAUCCUCGAUUAAAAAAAGUGUGUAUCUAAAUUGAUUGCUAUGUGGUGUUUUGUAUCACAGAUAUUUUUACUUCUGUAGGAUUAAGGAACAUGUACACGGAAUAUCAACAUUUAUCAGGCAAUUUUUGUUGUUUGUUUCUUUUUGUUAUGUUUUCAAAGCAAUAAUCAUUGCGUUGAUGGAGUAUAAAUUGGAAUGGUCUGGUUUGUCAAAAGCUCCGAGUGGGGCAACAAUGCUGUGACCAUUGGAUCUACUGAAAGCGUUAUGAUUUUUUUAAACUGCUAAUUUUGCAUUUUGUUCAUUAAAACUGUUACAGUGUGUUCUACAAAAAUAUUUAAAGAAUGGAUGUAAUAAAUAUGGGGGGAAAGAA